AUGGCGUUUGUGGUGCCGGAGAAGAAAAUCAAAAACGUGUUCGACUUAAAUCCAUGGUACUUUUCCAAGGUAACAGAAAAAUACACAAACAAUCUGGGAAAAUCGGAAAUUUUCAGGCGUACGAAGAAUAUCUGGCGUUUCUGCACCGUCUCAACGACUCGGUGAUCGGUGUGCACACGACGGCCGAUUUGCGCUGCACGGAUCUCGUCAUCAAUUUUAUCGAAAUGCUCGAAAAAGUCGACAAAUGGAUCGACGAAAUUCCGCUCGAAGAUGCGGCCGAGCAGCGCUUCGGAAACAAGGCCUUUCGACAUUUUUACGAAAAAUUGUGCAAAGAAGCCAAGGAGCUGCUCGCCGCCGUGCUCCCCGAGCAAUUCCACGAGGCACUCGUCGAGCUGGUGCCUUAUUUCACAGAAUCGUUCGGAAAUUCUACGAGAAUCGACUACGGCUCAGGGCACGAGGCGAAUUUUCUGAUUUUGCUCUUUUGCCUCCAAAAACUCGGCGUUUUCUCGGAGCACGAAGACCAGGUGCUCGUUCUUCGCAUUUUCAACAAAUAUCUGCGAGUUUGUCGUCAUUUGCAAAUGAAAUUCAAGAUGGAGCCGGCCGGAAGCCGCGGAGUGCACGCCAUCGACGAUUUUCAGUUCGCGCCGUUCAUUUUCGGCUCCGCGCAGCUCAUCGGCUCGCGGAGCAUCGUACCGGACAGUUAUCUGAAGAAAUCGGUCGUCGAGGCCAACGCGCACAUUUCUCUCUUUUUGGAUUCCGUCAAUUUCAUCAAUCAGGUACGAAAAACAGAAAGAUAGUCUUAGCAAUAGAUCUUCAGACGAAAACGGGCCCAUUCCACGAGCACUCGAACCAAUUAUGGAAUAUUUCUGCGGUGCAGCACUGGAAAAAGGUGAACAGCGGCAUGUUCAAAAUGUACGAGGGCGAGGUGCUCAAAAAGUUUCCCGUCGUCCAGCACAUGCUCUUCGGCAGCCUUUUCUCGUUCGAUCGCAGCGAAACGGAGAAGGAGGAGCCGCAGAUGGCCGCCGAAGACGUCGGAAUUCCGACAAUGUGUCAGAUGCCGACGAGAGCGCCCGGCCAACACGGAAUGUUCGCUUUCCAGGUACUAAAAAUUAGCUAAAAAUUAGAAAAAAAUAUCAAUUCUUGCUGCAGAUUCCUUCCGUGGCCAACGCGUCGACAGUCCGAACAGCGAGCGUCGUGGAAUCCGGUGAUUUACGACGUCUCCACGAGCAGAAGCAUCCGGAAGAGCACUGUCCGCCGCCAAUGACCGAUCCAUAA